AUCCACACACACACAACACAGCAGAGAGAUUACUACGAUCCAACAGUUCUAGAGCAAGAGAGAGGAAGACACACCGCAGAGUUAGCAGGCUAAUAACUUGCAGGAGCAGCAGGAAUGGCGGCGACGCGUCGCCUCUCUUGCUUUCUCCUCGCCGUGCUUCUGGCAGGAGUGGCCGCUGCCACCGCCUUCGACGAAGCGGCUGCUGCCGGCUUCGGGCUUGGCCACGGCGCGCGUUUCGCGCGCAAGCAUGGACGUGCUGCCGCUGAGAUGCCCCAGCCGGAGCCACAACCUAAAACUAAGCCGGAGCCCCAUAUGCAGCCACUGCCCCAGCCAGAACCUAAACCGAAACCUAUGCCACAUCCAGAGCCAAAGCCUGAACCUCAACCAAAGCCCAACCCUGAACCUCAACCAAUGCCCAAGCCUCAACCAAAAUCCAAACCAGAGCCAUUGCCUACACCGAAGCCUGAACCUAAGCCCGAACCUAAGCCAGAGCCUAAGCCCGAACCUAAAAUAAAACCAAAGCCAAAACCUGAACCAAAACCAGAGCCUAAGCCAGAGCAUAAACCUGAGCCAAAGCCAGAGCCUAAACCCAAACCGAAACCAGAGCCAAAGCCAGAGCCACAACCAAAACCAGAGCCUAAGCCAGAGCCUAAACCCGAACCGAAACCGGAGCCAAAGCCAGAGCCCCAACCUAAGCCAGAGCCUAAGCCUGAGCCGAAACCAGAACCAAAGCCAGAGCCACAACCAAAGCCUGAGCCUAAACCAGAACCAAAACCAGAGCCAAAGCCAGAGCCUAAGCCCGAACCAAAACCAGAGCCAAAGCCUGAGCCUAAACCCGAACCAAGGCCAGAACCUAAGCCAGAGCCAAAGCCUGAGCCGAAACCGAAACCAGAUCCAAAGCCAGAGCCACAACCAAAGCCAGAGCCUAAGCCAGAACCAAAACCAGAGCCAAAGCCAGAGCCUAAGCCCGAACCAAAACCAGAGCCAAAGCCUGAGCCUAAACCCGAACCAAGACCAGAACCAGAACCAAAGCCAGAGCCUAAACCUGAACCAAAACCGAAACCAGAACCGGAGCCACAACCAAAGCCAGAGCCUAAGCCUGAUCCAAAACCAGAGCCUAAACCCGAACCAAAACCAGAGCCCCAACCAAAACCAGAACCUAAGCCCGAACCAAAACCACAGCCAGAACCUAAGCCCGAGCCCAAACCAAAGCCUGACCCUCCACACAUCCCACCAGCAGCUAUCAACUGAGGAAGUGGCUAUUAACAAUUAUUGUAGUGUUUAAAUAAAAUGCCAUGUUGCAGCGUGCUUUUGUAGGUGCUGCUACUUGUUGUAUCUAUCCUAUCUUUUCUUUGUCAUUUUUUGUAUGUUAUGCUAUUAUAUGAUCUUAGUGCAGUUUAGCUUGUUCCGUGUAUACACGCAUUUAUGCACUCAGUGGGUUUUUGUUAUAUGUUGGUUGUUAUGUAUAUAUGUUCGCUGUUUCGAGCAGCUAACUAACAGAAACCAUUGUUUUAAUACACAAAAGAUGAUUAAAUACA